GUUGGACAGCAUUUAGUGUGCUUGCUCUCUCUCUCUCUCUCUCUCUCGUAUUGAUUCUCAGAGGUGAAAAGAGGCGUCAGAAGGCCUCCAGAGGAUUCCAAUCAAGCACAACGGGAAUCAGGAAUUUCUGAGCCUGUGUGAUUCACUGCUCAAAUCCAUUUGUCGCGAAAUUCCGAGAGGAAUCAAGCUUUGCGUUCAGCGGAGCCGGAAAAUCGGCUGUAGAGAAGGCCAUUAUCAUCCAAACUGGUUCUUGAAUAUGACGAAUAACGUAAUGCGGGAAGAAAUUGGAAGUUGAAGUUAAGAUUGAUCCAAAUCCGAAAAGAGCAAUCACUUCCAUGAUUCAUUUGACACCAUUUGUUUCACGUUUCUGACGAGUACGACCUUGAAUUGAGAGCUUUGAGAGAAAUUAUACUGAACAAAUGGAAGUGGAUUUUAUGUUAUUAUUUCUUUACUGUUUGAACAGAAUCCAGUAAGAGUUCCACAUCUUGGUUCCUCGGAACUCUCUCUGUCUUUCUCUCUCUUCCCUUUGAGCCGUACUAGGAAUUAUCUAAUUAGCAAAUCUGGAGCCUAUGUUGUGUUCACCCCGUUCUCUCUCUCCGUGCCGUGAAGAAAGCGGAGAUGAAGAGUUGUCUGUACUUCCAAGACACACCAAGGUAAUCGUCACAGGAAACAACAGAACUAAGUCAGUCCUUGUUGGGCUUCAAGGCGUUGUAAAGAAGGCCGUUGGUCUUGGAGGUUGGCAUUGGCUGGUUCUCAAGAAUGGCGUUGAAGUGAAACUGCAGAGGAAUGCUUUGAGUGUUAUCGAAGCACCAACAGGAAAUGAGGAUGAUGAUGAUGAAUGUGAUAACUCCUUUAGUAGUAGCUCUGAUAUUGGGUCGAGCAUAGAGUUUCACAAACCAGUUAAGCCUCGGGUUCGGCAUUCAAAGCCUUGGGUUUCUUCGGCAAAAUCAACUAGCAGAAACCACUACAGAGAAGUACAGUCUGGAGUCCAUAAACCUUCUACGAAGGUGAAUCUAGCAAAGCUGGAGACUGCUGCACUGUGGAGAUAUUGGAGGCACUUUAAUCUUGUCGACAUUAAUCCAAAUCCGUCCAAGGAACAACUGAUCCAUGCUGUUCAGCGACAUUUCACAUCGCAGCAAUUGGACGAGUUUCAAGUGAUCGUGGGGUUCAUCCAAUCGGCGAAGAGACUGAAGACCGCAUGCACGUGAGCCUCGUUCCGAUUUCUCUACCAUCAAGCGCUAAGAGAGAUUAGAAAUUCAAUUUGAUGUAUGUGUUCUGUAUAUACUACGGACUGAGCCUUGCCCUACCCUCUUUAUUUGUUAUGCCUUUUAUUUCUACGGGCAGGGCAGACUGACGCACGCAGUUAACUUGAGAUUUUGGUGUUUCUUUCUAUCUUUUUCUCUCUCAUGGUUAUUGAGCAUGCUAUAUCUUUUAAGUA